AUGAGGAACUUGAGGCAUGUGACUAACCCCUGAUCAUUUCACCUAAAAGAGCAAGGGCUAGAGUUCCUGACCUCCAGGCCAGUCCCUGAUCCCCGACUUAAUAAUGCCAGAUUGGAAUGGCAAUAUGUGUAGUAUAUACCUCUACGGGGGCCUGGGACUGGGUGGGCUCCUGCUUCUGGCUGUGGUCCUUCUGUCAGUCUGCCUUUGUCGGCUGCAUCGCAGAGUAAAGAGGCUGGAGAGCAGCUGGCCCCAGGCCCAGGGGUCCUCGGAGCAGGAGCUCCACUAUGCAUCACUGCAGAGGCUGCCAGUGCCCAGCAGCGAGGGACCUGACCUCAGGGACAGAGAAGAGAGAGGCACCAAGGAGGAUCCCAGAGCUGACUAUGCCUGCAUUGCUGAGAACAAACCCACCUGAGCACCCCAGACACCCCCCUCAACCCAGGCAGGCGGACAGGGUCACCCGGUGGUCCACCCAGUAAAGACCGUGGUCCCCCCACUCCUGUCGUCCAUCUCGAGCCUCCGUUCAAAAUGAUUAUCAUCAAAACUUCUGUGGCUUUUUGACCUUUGAAUAGGGAGUUUGUUAUGUAAAAAUUAAAAUUAAAAAAAAAAACGAGUGGUUCACCCUCCCA